AUGAGGAGAGAGCCGGACUCAGCUGUCCCUGAAUCAAGAAAAGGCCUUGAUGCCACCGAGGCUGGGAGCAGAGCGGAGAUAUGGGAAGGAGCGGUGCAGAAGACCCAAGAAGAGAACAACGUCCUCUCUCCAGAUGUGCAUCGCCAGCAAUUCAGGCAGUUCUGCUAUCAGGAGGACAAGGGGCCCCGAGAGGCCUGCAGCCGACUCCACCAUCUUUGCCAUCAAUGGCUGAAGCCGCAAAAGCACAGCAAGAAGGAGGUGCUGGACCUGGUGAUCUUGGAGCAGUUCCUGGCCAUCCUGCCCCCGGAGAUGGAGAGCUGGGUCAGGGAAUGUGGGCCAGAGACCAGUUCGCAGGCGGUGGCCCUAGCAGAAGGCUUCCUCCUGAGCCAGGCAGAGGGCAAGAAUCAGGACCAGCAGGGUCUGGUGACCUUUCAGGAGAUAUCUGUUCAUUUCACCGAGGAGGAGUGGGCCCUGCUGGAUCCAGACCAAAGAAGGCUUCACAAGGAAGUCAUGGAGGACAAUCAUGAGAAUGUGGCCUCCCUUGGUAAGUCCUGGGAAGUUUCACAAAUAAAGGAGCACUUUGCUUCAAGUUCAGAACUUACUAUCCAUCAGCGUACCCACACUGGGGAGAAACCUUAUAAGUGCUUGCAGUGUGGAAAGAGCUUUGCUCAGGGUUCACAUCUUACUAUCCAUCAGCGUAUCCACACAGGGGAGAAACCUUAUAAAUGCUUGCAGUGUGGAAAGAGCUUUACUCGGAAUUCAGAACUUACUAAACAUCAGCGUACCCACACUGGGGAGAAACCUUAUAAGUGCUUGCAGUGUGGAAAGAGCUUUGCUUGGAGUUCUCUGCUUACUGUCCAUCAGCGUACCCACACUGGGGAGAAACCUUAUAAGUGCUUGCAGUGUGGAAAGAGCUUUGCUUCAAGUUCAGAACUUACUAAACAUCAGCGUACCCACACUGGGGAGAAACCUUAUAAGUGCUUGCAGUGUGGAAAGAGCUUUGCUCAGGGUUCACAGCUUACUAUCCAUCAGCGUAUCCACACAGGGGAGAAACCUUAUAAAUGCUUGCAGUGUGGAAAGAGCUUUGCUUCAAGUUCAGAACUUACUAAACAUCAGCAUACCCACACUGGGGAGAAACCUUAUAAGUGCUUGCAGUGUGGAAAGAGCUUUGCUUCAAGUUCAGAACUUACUAAACAUCAGCGUACUCACACUGGGGAGAAACCUUAUAAGUGCUUGCAGUGUGGAAAGAGCUUUGCUCAGGGUUCACAGCUUACUAUCCAUCAGCGUAUCCACACAGGGGAGAAACCUUAUAAGUGCUUGCAGUGUGAAAAGAGGUUUGCUCUGGGUUCACAGCUUACUGUACAUCAGCGUACCCACACUGGGGAGAAACCUUAUAAGUGCUUGCAGUGUGGAAAGAGCUUUGCUCAGGUUUCACAGCUUACUAUCCAUCAGCGUACCCACACUGGGGAGAAACCUUAUAAGUGCUUGCAGUGUGGAAAGAGCUUUGCUCAGAAAGCACAUCUUACUGUCCAUCAACGUAUCCACACUGGUGAGAAACUUUUUAAAUGCUUGCAGUGUGGAAAGAGCUUUGCUGAGAAUGCAAAGCUUACUGUCCAUCAGCGUACCCACACUGGGGAGAAACCUUAUAAGUGCUUGCAGUGUGGAAAGAGCUUUGCUUGGAGUUCUCUGCUUACUGUCCAUCAGCGUACCCACACUGGGGAGAAACCUUAUAAGUGCUUGCAGUGUGGAAAGAGCUUUGCUUCAAGUUCAGAACUUACUAAACAUCAGCGUACCCACACUGGGGAGAAACCUUAUAAAUGCUUGCAGUGUGGAAAGAGCUUUGCUUCAAGUUCAGAACUUACUAAACAUCAGCGUACCCACACUGGGGAGAAACCUUAUAAAUGCUUGCAGUGUGGAAAGAGCUUUGCUCAGAGUUCAAAUCUCACUGUCCAUCAAUGUAUCCACAUUGGAGAGAAACCUUAUAAAGCAAGGGAAGCAAACCUUGCACACUUGGGAGAAACCUUAUAA